CAAAAAAUUUCGCCAGGAAAAAAAAAAAAGCCAGAUUUUUGGGCGCCCCACACGUGACCUUGCAGGUCAGUUUGGGGUUGUUUUUUAAUACAGCGGGCUACUUUGCCGGCCAUAUUGAUACAAACUGUAGCCAUCAUAAAACGAAAGUUAUUCUCUAAAAUCGAAUGAUGGAUAGUAAAACAGAAUUUCAAAAGGAAGAAAAAGACAAGAACUUGCUGACAGAUUUACCAUUAAAAGAUGAGUCUGUUAAUAAGACGAAAAAGAAGAGAAAAAAUAGAAAGUCGAAAGCUGUUGAAAUUCUUGAACUGAAAAAUGAAGGUAAAGAAGAAAAUCUACAAACAGGUUCACUUCUGGAAACCGAGAUUAAUCAGGAGAAAAGGAAGAUAACCGACGAAUCUGAUGAAUUUCAAAGAGAAAUAAUGGAAGAAAAUUUACAACCACGGAGUGAAUCCAAUAAAAAGAGAAGGAAGAGGAAAAGCAGAAAGAGGAAAUCUGCAUCGGUACUAAUGAAAGUAACUAAUGAAAAUGAACAUGACAGCAGUGACCCAGUCUCCGCAACUAACACUGGACAAGUUAAUCCUGGAAGCUAUAAUAAAAAUAAACAAAAUAACAAAAAGUCAGUAGUAACUGAUGAAGAUCCGGUAGCAUUGACGCAUGCAAAAAUUUCCAGUAAAGACCCAGCAACUUCGAAGCAUUAUGAUCUGAGUAGUGACGACUUAGCAACUUUUGAAGUAAUCUACGGAGACGAAGUAUCUUCGGAGUAUGACGUCGACUUAGCAACUUUCGAAGUGAUCAAUAGACCAUCCGAUGAAGAUGUAACUUCUGAACAUGAUGAUCUGAUUAGCACAGUAGCUUCUGACCAGGUCGGUGAACACCCAGUAGCUUCUGAACUGGUCGGUGAACACCCAGCAGCAUCCGAACACGACACAUUUUCUUGUGAAGGUUCAGUAACAAAUGAAGAUGCUGAACCUUACACUGAAAGCCCAAUUUCUUCAGAUCAUAGUGAACUUACCAACGAAAGUCUAGAAGCUUUUGAAAGCGAGGAACUGACCUGUACUGCACAAGAAAAUGUGCACCCCAGAGUUACAAAUGAAGACUUUGAAACUUUUGAACAUGAUGAUCCUUCUUUCGUAGAUCCGGCACUUCCUGAUAGUAUCGAAACUUUUGCUGAAGGUCCCCCUACUUCUGAACUGCAAGAACUGACAGAAGGAGAUUCACCUGCUAUUGAGAAUGAACGAAAUGAACUGACCAUUGAAGGUUCAUUCAUUCUAGAAUUUCAUGAACAAAGCGACUGUAAAUUGAAUGAAGAAAGAACUGUCGGCAAUAUAGGACACACGACUGAUUCUAAUAUCCUUGUUUCUGAUGAAAGAUCGCAUCUUGAAGAUCAUCUUAGUUUCCCUUCCUAUACAGCUACUACAAACAUUGAAAAUCAAAAUAGAAAAUCUUCCAGUGGGGAAGUUAUACAACCUACAAUAGCUGAUAUCCUCGUUCCUGAUGAAAUGCCUUCCACUACACUCAAAGAUGAAGAUCACCCAAGCUCCCCUUCCUACACAGUUGCAAGCAUUAUACAACCUACACCUGAUAUAAUUGUUUCUAAUGAAAUGCUUUCCUUCACCCUCAGAGAUCAAGAUCAUCUUGGCUCCUCGUCUUGUGCAGCCACAGACAGUAAAAUGCAAUGCAGUAGAUCUUCCGAUGAAGAAGUGCCACAAACUACAGCUGUUAUCCUUUCUAAUGAUAGCUCUUCCACCACCCUCACAAAUGAGGACAAUCCUAGCUCCCCUUCCUACACAGCUGCAAACAUUACACAACCUACUACACCUGAUAUAAUUGUUUCUAAUGAAAUGCUUUCCUUCACCCUCAGAGAGAAAGAUCAUCUUGGCUCCUCGUCUUGUGCAGCCACAGACAGUGAAAUGCUAUGCAGUAGAUCUUCCGAUGAAGAAGUGCCACAAACUACAGCUGUUAUCCUUUCUAAUGAUAGCUCUUCCACCACCCUCACAAAUGAGGACAAUCCUAGCUCCCCUUCCUACACAGCUGCAAACAUUACACAACCUACUACACCUGAUAUAAUUGUUUCUAAUGAAAUGCUUUCCUUCACCCUCAGAGAGAAAGAUCAUCUUGGCUCCUCGUCUUGUGCAGCCACAGACAGUGAAAUGCUAUGCAGUAGAUCUUCCGAUGAAGAAGUGCCACAAACUACAGCUGUUAUCCUUUCUAAUGAUAGCUCUUCCACCACCCUCACAAAUGAGGACAAUCCUAGCUCCCCUUCCUACACAGCUGCAAACAUUACACAACCUACUACACCUGAUAUAAUUGUUUCUAAUGAAAUGCUUUCCUUCACCCUCAGAGAUCAAGAUCAUCUUGGCUCCUCGUCUUGUGCAGCCACAGACAGUGAAAUGCAAUGCAGUAGAUCUUCCGGUGAAGAAGUGCCACAAACUACACCUGUUAUCCUUUCUAAUGAUAGCUCUUCCAUCACCCUCACAAAUGAGGAUAAUCCGAGCUCCUCUUCCCAUACAGCUGCAGACAUUAAACCACAAUGCAGCGGGCCUUCUUCAAAUGAAAAAGUCAUGCCUGAACCAUUAGGACUUUUUAGUAUGCUUGUAGCAGUAUUAGUGUUUUGUUUAAUAGUAUUCUGCCAUGCUUUUUGUGCUUCAUUUUUAAUAUUUAAAAAACCCUCUCCUCAGAAGCGGGCCAAUAAGCAGAAAAUUAAUUCUGAUGAGGCCCAUAACUAGAGUUGCCAAAGGUAACGCUUUUUAUUAAACUGUGAUAAAAUGUAUAUAAAUAAAUUGUGUUCUUAAUAAAUUAUGUUAUUAUUUAUUUAGAAAGUUAUAUACUUUCAGAGUGCAUAAAAUUAUCCUUCUAAAUUAUUAAUUUUAAAGCAAUAUAAUCAAUGUUAAUGGAAUAAACUAUUUUUAUAGUAAUAAUUAAAAUGUAACAAUCCCCAGCAUUAUAUACCGUAUGAUAUUGAUGGCAAGAAAUGAAAAUAUAAGAGAAUGUAAAGAGCAACUUCGGCAAAUAAAUUAAGUAUGAAUUAGUGUGUAGUAAUAUCAUGACGACUUGCACUUGAAUUGAUCUUCGAUAAAUACAGAGGCGCUUCUAGUCUUAAUUUAUCGAAUGAAAUUCUAAUUUUACUAAAUCAUCAUUGCACAUAUACUUUUCUAACUAUCUCUCAUCUUAUAAAAUACAACAAAAGGUUUCAUAAUUUUGUAUUUAGUCGCAGUAUCAGGAUAUUAGAAGCAGUUUUGGUUAAGUUUAGUCCCUUAAUUUGUCAAAUACUCUGGAUAAUGCUAAAGGCAAAAAAAAUUUUUUUUUGCCUGAAUGAAAAACUUUUUUCAUGCAACUUAUGUCAUUCUGUAAGCUCGUAUAGUUCAUCUGGAAAUUAAUUCCUAAGUGUGUGGUGAAUAAAUUGUUGUAAAAAUAACUCAUUAAUUCCUUUUUGUAGAGAAUUAAAAAAGAAAAACUUUUCAUUGUUAAGAUCCCUUUACAAGUACACAGUAUUUAUAUUUUAUUAAACGCAAUAAUUAAU